AUGAAAAGGACUGAUUUUAAACGGACACCGUCGUCAACUUUUCUACUUGACGCUGAUGAUGGGUUCGACGAAGUGUCCUAUGUGGAAGCUGAUAGAAGUGUUGCGUUUUACCAUUUCAAUCUUAGCCGAGAAAAAGCAGAAGAACUGCUGUUCCAAUCUAAUCAGGGUGAAAAUUUAAAUGGAAAGUUCCUUGUAAGGAAGAGUCGAAACAAUCCCAGUGAUGAAGUCAUUUCCAUUGUACUUGAUAAAAAUGUUCUGCAUUUUCAAAUUCGUCACAAAUUUGACAAUUGUUUUCAGAUUGAUGAUGGACCCAUUAUGCAAGGAAUUGACAAUAUUAUCAAGCAUCAUAAAGAAAAGAAAGAUGGCCUCCCUUGUACACUCACAGACUUUGUUCGUGGCCAUCCUUUGCCUGACACUCUUCGAUAUCAAGGACAGACAAACCUUUUACAUAUGGCAGUUGCUGAACGAAAUAAAGUGUGUGUGAUUAAGAUUCUUAAUAGCCCUAAAUGUCCCAAUAUAAAUUCAAGAAAUGCUGAUGGGGAUACAGCACUGCAUAUUGCCUGUCACACAGGAGAUGAAGCCAUUGUCAAAAUUCUACUUAAACACGCUCCACAAACAAAUAUUAAGAAUCAGCACAAGUGUACACCUCUCCAGUUGGCCUGCCACCAUAAACAUUGUGAUAUUAUUUCAGAACUGAUUGUAAAUGGAUGUUGUGAUCCUCAUGUCAGAUGCAAUUUUACAGGAUUUUAUCCUCUUCAUGAAGCUGCCAAGUUGGGCCAUCAUAAAUGCAUUAAGGUUCUGCUACAGAAUUAUUGUCCCCCUUUUCCAAGGACACUCACUGGAGAGACACCUUUAGAUAUAGCCUCUGAACGAAAUCACACUAAAUGUAUCAAACUCUUAGAAAAUUACACUCAACCAGCAACAAAGACAGAUUCAAAAUAUUGGUUACAUCCAGAGCUGCAACGGCAAGGUGUUAUAACUCUUUUGAAACGUCAAGGUCUUAUUGAAGGAAUGUUUCUUAUCCGAAAGAAUAAGUGGCAUGAAGAUUGGUUUGUCAUUAGCAUUUGCCACAACAGUCAUAUCUUUCACUAUGCCAUACAAAAAUGUGAAUAUCGUAAAAAAGAUGUUUAUUUCAUUGACAAUGGUCCAUAUCUCAGCUCGCUAGAACAUUUAGUUCAUCAUUACAACAUUCGACCAGAUGGCUUGCCUUGCAGACUGAAAAUUGGCCUUGCAAUUGGGGAAUCUCCUUAUCCAAUUCCACUUCUUAAUUCCUUUGUUGCCAGUAUAAUCACUGAUUUGCCAGAAUCUCCCAGGUCCCCUGCUCCUGCUAUAAAUUUCCCAAAUGCUGUGAAGAUCUCAGCUCCCACAAGAACUCCCCCACCAGUGCCAAGUCUACCAUCUCCUCAGCCAAGUGUGCCUGCAGUUGAUGAAGGACAUUCGUUUAUUUCAAUUGACAGAAUAAAACUGGGAGGUUUGGUAGGUGAAGGAGAAUUUGGAAAAAUCUUAAAAGGAACUUUAACAGUUACUGAAGGCAAAAAAAACAAAAAGAUUACAGUUGCACUGAAAUAUUUUACAGAAGAUAUAGUGAACUGUCAUGCAGAUUUUUAUCGAGAGGCAAAGAUAAUGUUGGACUUGAAUCAUGUUUGCAUUACUAAGCUGAUAGGCAUUUGUAAAAAUCCAUUGAUGCUGGUGGAAGAAUUUAUUAGCAAGGGAUCCAUGUUGGAUUUCUUGAUUGAUUAUCCUUCAAAGAUUGAUGUCAACACGGACCUGAUCUUGUGGGCUUCACAGAUCGUUGCAGGAAUGCUGUACUUGGAAUCCAGGAAAAUGGUACAUAGAGAUUUAGCAGCAAGAAAUAUUUUGUUAGAAUCUAAAAAACAGAUCAAAAUCACUGAUUUUGGAUUGUCCCGUGCUGUGGGAGAGAAACAUUACUAUCGGGCAACAACAGGUGGCAAGUGGCCUAUCAAAUGGUAUGCCAUGGAGUCUGUAAAAUAUGGCCAUUUUUCUCAUGCUUCAGACGUGUGGAGUUUUGGUGUUACUUUAUGGGAGAUGUUCUCUUUUGGGCAGAUGCCGUAUGAAAAUAUGAUGGGAGUAGAAGUGAUUCAAUUUUUGGAAAAUGGUCAACGCCUAGCUCAACCAAAAAAAUGUCCUGAUGCCAUCUACAAAACAAUGGAAGAUUGUUGGAAGAUUGACAUAAAAGAGAGACUCACUUUUACAAAACUUCAUAAAUUUUUUACAGAAGACAUAAAACACAUUCUCAAAUAA